CACGUGUCGAUACCAGAGGCCGUCUUCCCAAAAUGUGAUCACGGAUAAGCAAGCCAUUUCUGAACAUAGAAAAUGGCGACAACAAAAAAUCUAUGCAAAAACCAGUCAGCAGGUCAUCGACGGCCAUUUGAUUGAGGAUUGCUCUCUCUUUCCGGCGCCGAUUCUUUGUUUGAUCGAACUCUCUGUAAAGAAAUGGCAGCCACGGCCUCCCCCACAGCGGCCACCGCCGUUCUGAGACCUUCUCUGACUGCUUUUCAACCCACUCGCCGCUCCGCCUUGCCGCUCCUCCCCCCUCGACUCGGCUCCCCGUCUUUCACCACUUCUCUCAAAUUCUCCUUAGAGUCUCGUAGAUCGUCUUUGCUUCAAACCCGAGCCUCAUCUUCAGAAGAAUCAUCUGCUGCUGAUGCAUCUGAGCUCUUUACAGACUUGAAAGAAAAGUGGGAUGCCCUUGAGAACAAAUCGACGGUACUCCUCUACGGAGGCGGGGCGAUCGUUGCUGUUUGGCUUUCUUCAAUUCUUGUUGGUGCAAUCAACUCAGUUCCAUUGCUUCCGAAGAUCCUGGAGUUGGUAGGACUCGGAUAUACGGGGUGGUUCGUGUACCGAUAUCUACUCUUCAAGUCAAGCAGAAAGGAACUAGCUGAUGAUAUUGAAGUAUUGAAGAAGAAGAUCGCUGGAACAGAAUAAGUAGCGCGUGGUCGGGCGCCAUGAUCGACAUGGUUUGUUCCUCUUGUUAUCAUUUUGUACUUGAUUCUCUUUCGUUUAGAAGAGGCAAUCUAAAUCUAAAUCAUGUAAUGUGGAAUAGUUUUUGCUUUGAUCCCUGUAACUCAUGUUCCCUUUCAUUGUAUGUGUAAUAAGAUCUGUUAAGUUCAUUGCAUGGAAAGUGGAAACCCCCCUUUCUCAAAUUUACUUC